AUGGUCAACCCGGCAGUCAACGAUAGUCAAACAGAAUCAUCGGAUAGGAGGCGCAAGACCGUAACCUUUGCCGAGUACCUGGCGUCGAUACGUGAUGAAUCCACUCAGAGCAUUACGACCCCCACGUCGAGCAACCGAGCACUUCUGUUGCAAACCACCCUUCCAUUUUCACAACAAACGCGCCCACAAAGUUCUCAAGCGCCCCAUAACGCUCCCACCAAAAGGAAGGCUACAAGCCCUGGAGACGAUCCCAAACAACGAAAGCUGUCUGAGUGGGCAUUUUGUCAGCCCAAGAAGACUCACAGCAUCGCCAAGGACUUAACAGCACCGUCCUCGUCCAUUACACUAUCUAAGAGUGCAAAGACAAAGAAGGAUAGAACAGAGUCAUAUAUCAUCGAUCCAGAUCAAAUGAUCAAUAAGACUAACCUGACUCGCUGUUAUCGCCUCAAAGGCCAAUAUCUUAAGGAUGUUUCGUUAGUCAGAGUCAAAUACGAAGACAGAAAGCUAUCCAAGGACACGGUGAUACAAGGAGCUAAAACAAAUCUCUAUCGGGAGAGGGAUGCCGAAUUUCAAGCUUGGAAAAUGCAUGGAGGGCGAAAGCAAUUCGUCCAAUAUUUGUUGGAUGCAUACCUCAAGUGGGAAACCAGAAAUUCCAUACGCAAGACUACCUUUCUGAUUCCCGAAUCAUACUCGUCCGCCUUCCUACGUUUGUGGAAAAGGCAAAAGCCUUGCCCCAAGCAAGAUCCUUACAUAUCUUUUGUUAAGGCUCAUGUCGAGUCAACUUCAGAUGCCAAUUCCCAGAGUUCUACUUCUAGCAUCAACAACCCCGAACCGUCGAAGCCACCAAAGCCUCGGAAGACCCCAUGGCCAACCGUAACGAAAAGUUUGGCCUCAGAAAAUGCCACAUAA